AUGAAGGUCGCCUUCGUCCUGUUGUGUGCGGCGCUUAGCACCGGGUUGCCCAUCCAGCUGGUUCUUACCGGUGAUACUCCCACCAUCCACAUUAGCUCAAAGAAAGCCUCCGCGCAACAGACGACCAAAACCGGAGAACAGAAGUUUCCCAUUCCCGAGCCCUUCCAGGACUACGUCGAACAUCUUCGACUUGAACAUGAGCAGCCUUCUUCCGCCAAAGGCUCCGACUUCGAUGCAGUGCCCGCAGAAUCCAAGUCUAAGUCCCAAGAGGACCAACUCACGUCCGUGAAACACUACGGCUCUUUCAUGGGCAAGCUCCGCCUCUCAAAGCUCCCAGAGCAACACGACGACCCCAUUUCAUUCAACCACCAGUACGGCAUAUUCGCAGGCAAAGGCACUAGCAAGCACCCGACCAAAGCGACGGCAUCCAAGCACGACUCCGAACCCGACUCUUCACUCGGCCAGUUCUAUGGCACUUUCCUAGGCAAAAUGGACAGCCUCAUCCCAUCCGAAACGCACCCUCGACACGCACUCGCCCAGUCCCGCAAGAACACCUGCGGCUCCAAGCGGGUCGUCUCGUACUCCAAGCCCUCGGAUCUAAUCGAUGUCCUCGAUGCGCACGGUCCCGAGUGCGUCGCCCUGGCAAUCUUCGUUCUAUUCCCGCUCGCUUAUUUUGUACUGGAGGGACUGGAGCUCGUUGUUAAGAGCUGGGUUUCUGAGAAGUAUCCCCAUCGCGGACGUGAGAGGGUUAGACUUGAUGGUCCCGAGAGACAGCUUCGUGCUUGGAAGAAUCGGCAGCGGGAAAUGGUGCUUGAUGAGAAGAAGUGGUGGCGGACGCGGCAGGUGCGGGCGUAG